AUUUUGGGGCGUCUCUUCUUAUUGCAGAAGUAGCCCCCAUCUUCACGUGAUCCCUUCUUCUCAUUCUUUCUCUAUAUAUCCAUAUACUCUUUCGUAUAGUUCCUCCAUCCACUCUACUCAACAUGGACUCCUCUAAAAUCUCAUCUCUCUCUUUCUGCCUCUUCCUCAUCUGCAUUAUCUAUUUUCCCCAACAUUCCCUCUCAUGCGGUUCAUGUAACCCCAGGAAGGGUGGAAAGCCCUCCCCUAAACCCCCAGUACACAUUCCCAAACUACCAGUUCCUCCGGUGACCGUCCCUAAGCUACCGGUUCCUCCAGUGACUGUACCUAAGCUACCCGUUCCUCCAGUGACUGUACCCAAGCUACCGGUUCCUCCGGUGACCGUACCUAAGCUACCCGUUCCUCCAGUGACUGUACCUAAGCUACCGGUUCCUCCGGUGACCGUACCUAAGCUACCAGUUCCUCCAGUGACCGUUCCCAAGCUACCCGUUCCUCCGGUCACCGUCCCAGAGCUACCCGUUCCCCCGGUAACUGUCCCUAAGCUACCCGUUCCUCCGGUGACCGUCCCAAAGCUACCCGUACCUCCAGUGGUAGGUCCCAACCUGCCAUUGCCACCUUUGCCAAUUGUGGGUCCUAUUCUACCACCGGGAACAAACCCACCAGCCACAGGAGGGAAGGAUUGUCCUCCACCGGCAGGGAGCGUAAAGCCACCAUCAGGGGGCGGGAAGGCGACAUGUCCUAUAGACACGCUGAAGUUGGGUGCGUGCGUUGACUUGUUGGGUGGUCUAGUAAAGAUAGGGCUUGGGGAUCCAGCAGUUAACAAAUGUUGUCCGUUACUUAAAGGCCUCGUUGAAGUCGAAGCCGCGGCUUGUCUUUGCACUACCCUCAAGCUCAAAGCUCUUGACCUCAAUCUUUACGUCCCUGUUGCUCUUCAGCUUCUCCUUACCUGUGGCAAAAAUCCACCUCCGGGCUACACUUGUUCCAUAUGAUAAACUCACUCCACUUAUAAUGGAUACUUUGGAGACGAAAAAGUGAGAAGAGAAUGGCAGAGCUCCAAUCUUUCCUGUGUUUACCAAUAUAUCAUAUCAAAUCCUAUCCCGUUGAUUCUUUCCUCUAUCGUUCCCUUCUGCUUGUAUUAUUAAUUAAUGUGUGAUUUUUAGAUUAAUGAUUCUUCUCUUGUAUUAAAGUAUGAUUUGAAAUUUUACUUUUUUUUUUUUGAGUUAUCGAAUGAAUUGAACU